AUGAGUUUCGGUGGUGGAAAUAUACAGAUAAAUUUGGAGGAACUAGCAGAAGCGGAUAAUGCGCUUCCCAUCAUCGCGAUCAGUGGCGUAGUAGGUAACAAGGUGCAGCUUCCUUGUGAUAUUCGUUCAGCCGACAACGACGAAGUCAGCUUGGUGCUGUGGUAUAAAGAAGGAGGUGGAGAACCAAUUUACAGGUUUGACGUUCGGGGUCGUCGACAAUUCAACAACGCUCGCCUUUGGUCGUCGCCGACGGCAUUGGGACCAAGAGCUUUUUUUAUCACGGCGUCAAAUCCCGCUCACCUCAGCAUCGAUCGGUUGGAAACUAAAGACGAAGGGAUCUAUCGGUGCCGAGUGGACUUCAAGAAUUCGCCGACGAGUAAGCAAAAGAUGAAUCUGACUGUUAUAGUGCCUUCGUCGAAGCCGGUGAUACUGGACGGAACGACGAGGGAUAUCUCGAGGAUAGAGGAGCUCUACAACGAGGGAAGUGACGUGAACCUGAUUUGCGAGGUACGAGGUGGCAGGCCGCCCCCGAAGCUGACGUGGUACCUCGAGAACACCGUGAUAGACGAGUCCUAUCACUACAACACCGAGUCAGGACUGACGGUUAACCGCUUGUCUUACCCUAAAGUUGGCCGGCAACACCUCAAGGCUCGGCUGAUCUGUGAAGCCAGCAACACUAACUUGGUGCCACCACAGACUAGACUGGUCAUCCUCGAUGUGAAUCUGAAGCCGUUGGUUGUACAGAUUUUGACGAAGGAGUCUCGAGUUUCCGCUGACAAGAACUAUGACGUGGAGUGCAGGACAAGUGGUUCCAGACCAGAAGCGGUAAUUACUUGGUGGAAGGCGAACAAACAGAUUAAGAAAAAAGCGGAGAAUUACGUAUUGGAAAACAAUCAGACUCUAAGUAUCCUGAGCUUCGAGCCAAGCAUUGACGAUGACGGCAAGUAUCUGACGUGUCGGGCCGAGAAUCCAUCGAUUGUGGACAGUGCUUUGGAGGAUAAGUGGAGACUGGACGUGCACUAUCAGCCAGUGGUGACUCUUAAGAUGGGCAAGACUUUGAAUCCCGAUGAUAUCAAAGAAGGAGACGACGUAUACUUCGAGUGCUCAGUUCGAGCUAAUCCGAAAGUGUACAAGCUCGCGUGGUUUAAAGAUGGGAAGGAGCUGAAGAAUAAUGUCACGUUAGGGAUAGUGUUAAGCGAUCAUUCUCUGGUUCUCCAAGGCAUAACGCGGUACUCAGCCGGCGAUUAUACUUGUCUUGCUGCAAAUAGCGAAGGGAAGACUCCAAGUAAUCCCGUGGCUCUUCAAAUAAUGUAUACCCCGGUCUGCAAAGAGGGUAAAAGCGAGGUGGUCGUCGGCGCCCUAAAACAGGAGACCGUAUCGUUGGGUUGUUCCGUGGAGAGUCAUCCAGCCCCGUUGACUUUCCACUGGACAUUCAAUAAUUCCGGAGAGCUGGUGGAGGUUCCUCAUUCUCGUUACUCUCACGUGCCAGCGCCCGGGACACCGUCCGUCGCCGAAAGCCUGAAGGAGUACCAACAGUUCCACGGAUCCAUUCUAAACUAUACGCCUGCAACGGAAAUGGACUACGGCACGGUGGCGUGCUGGGCGAGCAACCAGGUUGGCAAGCAACGAACACCGUGCCUCUUUCAGGUAAUAGCGGCGGGCCGACCAUACGCCCUUCACAAUUGCAGUGUGACGGAAAUGUCGGCAACCCUGGACGCGGAGUUCACCGCAAAGUCCGGCAUGGGCCUUCCGAUCUUCAGCUAUCAACUGGAAGUCGUGGCGGACGAGGACAGCAGGCCAAUUUUACUGAACAAAACGGUACCGGUCAGCUCGAUCGGACCAACCUUCGAGGUGGCGGGCCUAACGACGGGAAGGAGUUAUCGACUUUUUCUCUACGCGAUUAAUGCAAAGGGGAGGAGCGAGCCUGCCAUUCUGGAACCAGUGACCCUGAAAGGUGUCGCCAUGUACACGACCGGUACCACGGACGCAUCGAUACUGACCCCGUUGCUGCUGGGCCUCGCAGCAACAGUGACUCUUUUGGCCCUGGUCGCAUGCGGAAUCGUGGCGGCUCUGCGCCGGAAGCACUCGAACGGCCGGCCCGGAAGUCCAAAGCACGCUCCCAUCGUGUGCGAGCCACCUAAUGCAGGUGCAACCACCCCAGUACACCCCCAGACCAAGCAGGCGGUCGAUGACAUCGAUCCGGACAUCAUACCCAACGAGUAUGAGAGAAGACCCCUAACAUACACACCGUUAUACAAGACACCGCCACAAAGGAGAAAGAAGGAUCGUGUGACAGACGACGCGAUCUCGCCGGAGAAGAGACCGAUUGUGGAGCAUGGAUUGGAUUUACCUCCAGAUCCGAUCUUGAGCGACUGCCUGCCAACGCCAACUAUAAAUUACCAACCGAACCAUAUUCCACAGUCGAACACUUACAACCAUGCACCCACUAUGGCGGACUUCAAGCAGAUGGCUAUGGACGCAUAUAACCAGCGUAACAACCAAAAUGUCUACUACAGUCUCCAAAGGUCGAGAAAAGGUCUUUCGUCGAUGCCGCAAAGGCCUGUGUCCUCGUCCGUCUCGGCGCAGGGCAAGUUCCACCAGCCGGAAGUGGUGACGCGCUCGAAUCGGAUACAGGAGAGUUGUAUAUAA